GCUCCAAUCAGAGGAAGAACGGCAGAAAGGAAACACCGGAAAAGCCUGAACCGUGAACUGCGAGGACUCGGAUAGAAUCGGAAUCGGAUGUAACUGAAUUCGUUACCUACGUGUCGACUCUUUUUCCAUCGUCUGUUGUUCUGUUGUAACUGUGCACGUUUCUAUUGAAGCUCACUGCUGGUGUGUGAAUUGACUCCGGACACAGUUUCGACUCUUUCUUUGGGGAACCUCAAACAGCAUUAAGAGAUGAGUUUCCUAUUUGGCAAUCGCUCGUCCAAGACCUUCAAGCCAAAGAAGAACAUUCCAGAAGGCUCCCACCAGUACGAGUUGCUGAAACAUGCCGAGGCGACACUAGGCAGUGGGAACUUGCGCAUGGCAGUCAUGCUGCCAGAUGGAGAGGACCUGAACGAAUGGGUGGCUGUGAACACUGUUGACUUCUUCAACCAGAUCAACAUGCUUUACGGCACCGUCACAGACUUCUGCUCUGAGGAUAGCUGCCCAGUCAUGUCUGCAGGACCCAAGUAUGAGUAUCACUGGGCUGAUGGUACAAACAUCAAAAAGCCGAUCAAAUGCUCAGCCCCUAAAUACAUUGAUUACCUUAUGACCUGGGUGCAGGAUCAGCUCGAUGAUGAAACACUCUUCCCAUCCAAAAUUGGCGUCCCCUUCCCCAAAAACUUCAUGUCCGUCGCUAAGACUAUUCUGAAGCGCCUCUUUCGUGUCUACGCUCACAUUUACCACCAGCACUUUGACUCUGUCAUGCAGCUGCAAGAAGAAGCACACCUUAACACCUCCUUCAAACACUUCAUUUUCUUCGUACAGGAGUUUAAUCUAAUUGACCGAAAGGAACUGGCACCCCUUCAAGAGCUGAUUGACAAACUGACAACCAAAGACAGAUAGAUGGAUUUAAAGGAAGGAAUGAUUAUGAUCUAUCAUGUUACUACACUCCAUCAUAUCUUUUCCUUUUGUGUUCUUUUUGUUUUGUUUUGUACAAACGCCCUUUCCUGGUGUAUACAUGUAGCACGUGCUGCAUGUAAAAGUUAACAUGGACUGGGGAACAAAUCAUCCCAUUCUUCUCAAGAUAUGGGUUAGAACUGUGCUAAUGGCGAAAAGGGAGUUAGCUAAAUAUUUUAGGAAAUGACACUAGUUCAUCUUUAAUUCACAGUUUCUAGUAGUUUUCUCCGUUUUAAUGAAACACAUUUAAACAGCAAUUUAAUGAAUACUAAAUUCUAGAUUGCAGUGUUUUUGUUUUCUUAAACUCUAAGUCUUUAUACUUUGUGGAUUUUUGUUCUUUGUAUGUUAUGACACAUUUACCAGCUAGCAGCAAGUCUGUAAAAGCACCAGUCCACUAAUUUUGUGUCAUUUUUUGUAUGCGUGUAGUAUUUUAAGCAGAAGUGACCAGAAAAAAUUGGUAGAUAGAUACUUAAAAUCUAUUUUCCUAUGCAAUUCUCAUGAUGAAUUAUUUUGCUUACUCAUGCCUGUUUAGUAAUGCUAGUAAUGAAUAAUUUACUAUAGCCUGGUUUUCCUGCUUUGGUUUACUGUAAUAUCUUCAUGCUUCAUUUUGAAGUGAAAGAGUUAUGGAAAAUGUGAUUGAAUUUAAAUGCUGGAAGUUACUUACCUUUUUAAAUGGAUAUAAUAGAUUAGCAAUUAGUUGUGUAUAAAAGUGAUUGGUGAAUUAUAGUUACGUACUCUUCAUUUGCCUUUUAUACACAGCUAAUUUGCAUUACACAUGUUUUUUUGUUUGUUUUUUUGCAAAGCUGGCAUGACCCUGUUUGUAUCCAAAUGUUUUCAUUAGUUGAAUUGAAUUUUUGUUGUAACGAUGUAAAUUGAACAGCCCCGUCGACACAAAUGCUAUAGUAUGUGCCAACUAUUCAUUUUUGUUGGAGAUCUUUAUAACAGAUAUUUUUCCUGCUGAAUAUUUAGGACUAGAUAAGUAAAGUUAAGUAGCUGUGACAGAUGGAAUGAAUAUUUUACAGAUGAUUAAUUACUGAUUGUUUUACAGUAAUAAAUGCUGUCUAUUAUCAAGUAAAA